AUGGAGAUGGCACAAGCUUGUUUGCAGAAAGCAAAAGUCACUAGCCCCACGGAGACCGAGCGGUGCAUUGAGUCCCUGAUUGCCGUGUUCCAGAGGUACGCUGGACAGGAUGGAAACAGCCUUACCCUCUCCAAAACGGAGUUCCUGAAAUUCAUGAAUACAGAACUGGCUGCCUUCACAAAGAAUCAGAAGGACCCUGGUGUCCUUGACCGCAUGAUGAAGAAACUGGACCUCAACGCUGAUGGGAAGCUAGAUUUCCAAGAAUUUCUUAAUCUUAUUGGGGGCAUUGCUCUGGCCUGCCAUGACUCUUUCAUGAAACAUGUUCACUAG